AGGCACGACGCCGCGUUCGUGGACGAGAGCGCGUGCAUCGGAUGCCUCAAGUGCGCGCUCAUCGCACCGACGACAUUCUGGAUCGAAACCCGGUUUGGAUGCGCCAGGGUCGUGGAUCAGUGGGCGGAUGGGAGGGAAGCAGUAGAAGACGCGGUGGCAGCCUGCCCGGUGCAGUGCAUCCAUUUUGUGA